UCUUUACAUUAUGGGCCUUAAAGAAGAAUUUGAAAAAGCCAAACAAUGGAUAGACUCUAGUUUUGAUAUUUUGACUGCCUCGAGUGAUUUGUCUGUUUUUGAGACAAAUAUUAGAUAUGUGGGAGGGUUGCUAUCUGCUUAUGCACUUACAAAAGAAAAGUUAUUUCUAACGAAAGCAAUUCAAAUAGCUGAUUUACUCCUUCCAGCAUUUGAUGCAUCGUCUACAGGCAUUCCUUUAGCUUUAAUUAAUGUCCAAACGGGGAAAGCAACAAAUUAUAAUUGGGCAAGUGGAGGUUGUUCUAUUUUAUCUGAAUUUGGUUCAAUUGAAUUGGAAUUUGCUUUUUUGUCUAAAAUUACUGGAAAUGAUACUUAUUUGUUAAAAUGUAGAAAAUUGAGAGAAUAUGUUAAUAAAUUGGAAAAACCUGAUGGUCUUUAUCCGGUAUAUUUUUAAAUUAAUUUAUGAUUUUUGGGGGUGCUUUUGGCUUUCCUUUUGUGAAAGAUUUAUUUUUCAUAUUUUUAUGGGAAUGGGAAAUCCUAUAAUAGAUA